AUGAAACUGGACUACAAAACUUUGCCGGGACCGCAGUUUUAUACGGUAACGGAAGAGAAAAGUCUUGAGGAAACGGAAACAUCGAUUUAUACCGAAAAAUUCGGUAAAAAAGCCAUGGAGUGGCAAGCAAUAUGUCAGUGUGGUAAAUUUUCCCAACCUUUCGUCACAACUGCUACUUUGAAUACACAAAUAUACAUCGAAGAGUGUUUGCAAAAAAGAUUGCUGCCUCUGAUCCGUCAACACAAGGAUCCAGUAGUUUUUUGGCCAGAUUUGGCAUCCUGCCACUACGCCAAAGCUACGCUGCAGUGGUUUGAAGAUAAUGAGGUCAAUGUUGUUCCGAAGCACAUGAAUCCUCCAAAUUUCCCGGAAAUACGCCCAAUUGAAAAUUUUUGGGCUCUAGUGAAGGCGUACCUCAGGAAACAUGUUAAGCGAUCGACUACAGUGACUCAGUUUCAAAAAGACUGGAAGAAAGCAGCCACAAGCGUCGGAAACUCAUCUGUGCAAAAGCUUAUGGCGCACGUACGAGGAAAAGUUCGCCAUCUUGGAUAUGAUUAA